AUGUACUCGAUUUUGUUUAACGAGUAUGGUGAAAUAUGGAGAGAAUCCCCGACUCCUGUGAACGAGCUCUUUGCAUUUGGGACUAUUGCCGACUAUAAAGCAAACAGACAGCUGAUAGGGCCCCUGGACGACGACCAAUUGCUGAAGUUGCGCCAACUCACGCUGAUGUCGGCGGCCAAGCAGGGACUGCUCACGUUCGGCCAAGUGGCCGAACUGUUGGACUUGGAUUCCAGUAAUCUGGUUGAAACUCUGGCUGUGUUGGCUCGCAGUCCGCUUCUGGAGCUGGAAAUUGACGAGCUAGGCCAGACGGUCAGAUUCAUAAAGGCUAGCUCCAGAGACAUAUGGGUGUCGGGGGACCCUUCGCCUUCUUUCACCAAACCGAUCACAAUAGAGCUGCUGCAAAAGGAGCUGAACUACGGAAGUGACGCGAGUACCCACAAGCUCAAACGACGUUUGGAAAGUUGA